AGAUAGUUUUUUUUUUGACAUGUGAGAACAAUAAAACAGUAACGAAUGCUUGGCUGUUGUAAUUCUUAUGGUAGAAGCCACCUGGGCGGUAUGGAGGGAACGGAGACGCUUAAAAUACAAGCCCAUACAGAUUGCAUGACCAACAAAGUCAACUUCUCCCCCGUCAAGAUAGAGACGCCCCUGGAAAGUUUAGACAACAAAGAAUUAGAAAAUAUUACAUCCCGUGAAAUGAGAACUAAUAAGCACGCCGAUAAUAAAAUUAGUAAUAUCGACGCAAUUAGUGAUAACUUAGACGAUGGUUGUGAGAAAAAUGAUUCCACGAAAGACGAGGAUUCCAAGACGGAGGAGGAGUGCCGUGGGAAACCUACGGCAUUCUCCAAGGAACUCUCGAGUAAGAGUGCCGAGUCUGGCGAGGUGGACGAUGUGUCGUGUAGUGAAGAAAAUAGUAUGGAUAAUAACACGUUUAAUAUCAUAAAUACGGAGAAUUCUGAAAGCCAAGAACUUAGUGAAAUGACUAAUGAUGAGUUCCCUAAGGAAACCUGCGAUGACGGUAAUAUUAAAGAAAAUGCUGAAUCCGAUCGAGGAACCCAAACUGAUGAAAAUUCCGAUGACGACCUUUCUUGUCUUGAGGAAGAGGAGGAUGAAGAGGAAGUUGGGUUAACUGACGAGAGUGAAGAAAGUGCGGAUGAAGAUUUGACAUCUGAGAGUGAUGAUGGUGAUGAGAGUGACGAUGAAGCAGAAUUCGAUAACGAUUCUCUCGAAGACGAAAAGAAUAAGAAAGAAGAAAUGACAGAAUGUGAUGCGCCUACAACAUUUCCUCUUCCCACUGGUCCUCCUCUGAGUAGUGUUGCGAAUGCGGAAGCUUGUCAAAAGCCCACUUCACCCAAGAUCAGACAGAGAUUGAAAUCCUUUGGUAAGAAAGAUAAUAGUGAAUUCAAAAUUGAAAUAUUCGAGCCGAAAAGAAAACCCCAAGACAUUCCUAGUAUUAAAGUUCCCGAUGAAGCUAAAAGAAAAGAUGAAACGGCUACCAACAAUACAAUUGAAAGUAAAUCUAAAAGUGAAAGUGGCCCAGUUGCAGCAGUAUCUCUACGCCCACACACACCUGAUAAGUGUAUUGACCAAUUGGCACCACCGAACGUUGCCAGUCCGUGUUCGGACGUUAUAACCCCGGGCUCGGCUGACAAUUUACUUAGCGCUUCUCUGGAUGUAAGUCAGGCCAUCCGGGAAGAGACGGACGAAUCGAACAGAUGUUCGCCCGUGAAGAGCCCCAGUCAGGAAAACAUGAAUAUUGGACAACCUACUGCAGAUACAGAUUGUAAAAUACGCAUCAGUGAUGAGCCUGGGAAGGCGCUGGUCACCUCCACACCACCCACCAACACUUCCUCUAUCAUCUUAGAGAGAGGUCAUCACAACUUAACCAGUGGGGAAGCAAAAGAUGGGGUGGAGAAACAAAAUGUAAAUGUGGCUGUGGAAACUAAGAAACCCUCGCCCAUGGCCUUCACUGUCGAACUGGGUGGAGAAUCAGGUGGUGGUGACGUUGUUAUUAACAAGAAGCUGGAUAUCACAGCCUCCAUCAGCAAGUGGGCACCAAAGCACAGGAGGAAUCUCAGUUUGACUAAAGUUGACGAGCAUAAAGUGGUGGAGAAUUUUUUUGACGAGAAUGGAAACUCUAGAGCCAAGCGGCGCAGCACCAUCAGUCGUCUGGAUAAAGUGGAGGAGCAUUCGGGGAAACCUCCUGUUGGUCGACCCCGGAGUGGAACCAUUGGAGCCACCGGUCUCCAGCAGGGGCGGCGAGGUGGAGGUUAUCAUUCAGAGGGCUACUUUUCCUCAGAUCAAGACGACGAGUGUCCUCGGAAGACAG